UUCUUCGAACUCUCUGGUUGCGACGCAACGAGAGCUUCGUUUUUCCAUUGUUUCGCUCUCAUCGAGCGUUGAAUCAAAGUAAAGAACUCGAAGCUAUUCAAUCCUUUCAGUUUUUGGGUUCUUUCUACGUAGAAAUCAGUAAUCACCCUCAACUCAGAUGCCUUCCGCCGUCUCACCUCAGUGGCGUGAGAAGGCCAAUGGUUUUUUCUCGUCAUCAGGAGUGAAGCUGAAACAAGCUGGGCAGUCAGCUGGGUCCUUUGUUGGGGAUGUGGCCAAGGAUGCUGGUGAGAAUGUUGUAGAUGCUGCGGAGAAGGUUGGUUCUAUGGUGAAGAGUCGUUGGGCCUUAUUUCGGGAAGCCAGAGAGCAGCGUUCACCACCACCUCCAAGAGACACUAUGCAAGAACGGCUGCUCUCCGCUGCUGCUACCACUGGCUUGUUUUUUAGGAAGGGUAUUUCGGAGACAAAAGAGAAGGUGGUUGUGGGGAAGAUGAAAGUUGAGGAGGCGGCAAAGAAAACUGCUGAUAAAAGUAAGGUUAUUCUAAACAACAUUGAACGAUGGCAAAAGGGAGUGGCAAGUAGUGAUGUAUUCGGUUUACCUAUUGAAGCUACAGUACAAAGACAACAUUCUACCAGGCCUAUUCCAGAAGUCUUGGUCAAAUGUGCCAAUUAUCUCAUCAGAUCAGGAUUACACACUGAACUCAUAUUCAAGUUGGAAGGAGACAGUAAAGUUAUUCGGCAGUUAAUUUCACUAUACAACCAAGAUUGGAAUGCAUCUUUACCUGAGGGAGUAAAUGCAGUUGAUGUGGCAGCAUUAAUGAAGGGUUAUCUUGCUAGCCUUCCUGAGCCACUAACUACGUUUGAGAUCUAUCAUGAAAUUAGAGAUGCAAGGAAUAGCAUAAAUGAGAUGAGAAAUAUAUUGAAGAAGCUUCCAAAUGUUAGUUACAGUACACUUGAGUUCAUCACAGCUCUUUUGCUCCGCGUGAGCCAGAAAUCAUCUCUUAACAAGAUGGAUGCUCAUAGCCUUGCUGUGGAACUAGCCCCGGUAAUCAUGUGGCAGAAAGAUGAUCCAGGGACAGCUCUUCGCAGUCAUCUCAGUUAUUCAUCAAAAACGCCGUCUCGUACUAUAGAUCUAUCAUCCAGUAAUGAUGCAUGGAAGGACCUUUUGGAUGACGAUGACGGUAAUGAUAAUGCAUCUUCUCAAAUUCCACUGGACGAUGGAUUCCCGCUUGAUUAUGGUGCAAUCGAGGUUAUUCUCUGCCUCAUCCAACAUCACAAUGCCAUCUUCACCGACGCAAAUGAGACCGUCUGGUGAUGAUUCUGAUCUCAAAUUCAGAUAUCUAUACAAUUAGUAAGAUAAAUAAGUUUUUCAUUUGACUAAGAAAAUCGAUGUCAAAUCGAUGUCCUUUUUUGGUUUUGGGUUUGUAUAUUGUAAAUUUUGACAGGGAUUCUCUGUGGGUAGAAAUAGUUGUUAGCUGAUUAACUUUAGAUCAACUCUUGAAUGUAGAUAUUCUUUUCUUUUAUACCUAUGAUAAAUAAUGGUUU